CAGCGAGAGAACCUAGCAGCAGAUGCUUGCUUGCAAGCAGAGCUGAAUGACUUGUUUAAGAUCUGACCUCAUCAUUUUGUCAGGAUGGAUUCAUCUCACCUUUACAGUUAGUGAGAUUCUUCAGCCGGGAAGAAGUGGGGAAGACCUGCGGAGAAAGGACGAAAAGGAGGAAGGCAAAUCCGAAUCCUCAGAAGAGAUGCUUUUCUAUUUGGGGGAAGGAGGAAAGACGCUGAGAAACUCAGGAGAUAAACAGGAUCCUAUUUCCUUUCCAGAAUAACACUUUUUUUUUUGGUCUUUCUGGACUGCCUUUCCUUUUUUUAACCUUCAGCUUGGCAAGAUGUCAGUGUCUGGAAAAAAGGAAUUUGAUGUGAAGCAAAUCUUGAGGCUUCGCUGGAGAUGGUUCAGCCACCCCUCUCAAAAUGCCACAGGCACCGGAGCCUGGCUGCAACAGGAAGGAUAUGAACAUCGAGGGACCUCGGUUCCAAACAGGCUGAAGAACCACCCAUGGGACAGAAGUCGGCUGAAAAAAACCAGCAGCCCCAUUCAUCCCAACCUCUUGGCGCCAGGACCCAGCCUGACCCCUGUAUCCCAGCAGCCGGCUUCUUCCUGCCACCAGGAAAACCUUCACGCACCUCCACAGGUGCCUGUGGAGCAGACGCCGAAAACGGGCAGCCCGGAUCUGUGUGCGAAAGGAGACGGCCAGGAAAGCAUCCGGGAGCUACAGAUGAUUACAGAAGAGGACGGCAAUGAGUCGGUUGAAAGGCUAUCAAUGAGCAGCUGCUCCACUUCUAUGGGAAUGAACAAUAAUGGAGCUGAUACCUAUUUUCACUCCACAAAUCAUGCUGAGCAAACAUUCCGCAAGAUGGAGAAUUACCUGCAGCAGAAGCAGCUCUGUGAUGUUCUUCUCAUUGCUGGAGACCACAAGAUUCCUGCACACAGACUGGUUCUGAGUGCCGCGUCCGAUUAUUUUGCUGCAAUGUUCACCAAUGAUGUCCGCGAAGCAAGGCAAGAGGAAAUCAAGAUGGAAGGUGUGGAUCCUGGUGCACUGAAAGACCUUGUCCUCUAUGCCUACACAGGCAUCCUGGAGCUAAAAGAAGAUACCGUUGAGAGCCUGUUGGCUGCAGCAUGUCUUCUCCAACUUUCACAAGUCAUUGAGGUCUGUUGCAAUUUUCUCAUGAAGCAACUUCAUCCUUCAAACUGCUUGGGAAUCCGAUCCUUUGGAGACGCUCAAGGAUGCUCAAAACUCUUUCAAGUGGCCCAUGUCUACACUAUGGAACACUUCACCGAAGUAAUAAAGAACCAGGAGUUUCUCUUACUUCCUGCUGGUGAAAUUGCCAAGCUCCUUUCCAGUGAUGAUAUUAACGUUCCAGAUGAAGAAUCAAUCUUCAAGGCAUUAAUGAUGUGGGUUCAACAUGAUUUAGACAAUAGGCAACGGGAUCUUGGGAUGCUUCUGUCUUAUAUAAGGUUGCCCCUCCUUUCUCCAGAGCUUUUAGCUGAUCUGGAAAACAGUCCCAUGUUUACAACUGAUCUUCAGUGCCAGAAACUCUUGAUGGAAGCAAUGAAGUACCACCUGCUACCAGAAAGGAGAUCAAUGAUGCAGAGUCCCCGUACAAAGCCCAGGAAAUCCACUGUUGGUUCUCUGUAUGCUGUGGGAGGCAUGGAUGCCACUAAAGGUACCACCACCAUUGAGAAAUAUGACUUGAGAACAAACAGCUGGAUACAAAUUGGAACCAUGAGUGGAAGGCGGCUGCAAUUUGGCGUUGCUGUGAUUGACAACAAGCUCUAUGUAGUGGGAGGAAGAGAUGGCUUGAGAACAUCUAACACUGUUGAAUGUUUCAAUCCAAUAACUAAAAUCUGGACUGUGAUGCCUCCAAUGUCAACCCAUAGGCAUGGCUUAGGGGUAGCAGUGCUUGAAGGACCAAUGUAUGCUGUUGGGGGCCAUGAUGGAUGGAGUUAUCUUAACACGGUUGAAAGAUGGGAUCCCCAGGCCCGGCAGUGGAAUUAUGUGGCAAGCAUGGCAACUCCAAGGAGUACUGUGGGAGUUGCAGCUCUGAACAGCAAGUUGUAUGCAGUUGGAGGGCGAGAUGGUAGUUCCUGCCUGAAAUCCAUGGAGUGUUUUGAUCCCCACACGAACAAAUGGAGCAUCUGCAAUUCAAUGUCCAAAAGACGUGGAGGAGUUGGUGUUGCAACCUACAAUGGGUUUCUCUAUGCUGUGGGAGGCCAUGAUGCACCUGCUUCAAAUCACUGUUCUCGACUUUCUGAUUGUGUGGAAAGGUAUGAUCCCAAAACCGACACUUGGACCACUGUAGCGCCUUUGAGUGUUCCUCGCGAUGCUGUUGGCAUUUGUACUCUUGGAGAUAGAUUGUAUGCAGUAGGUGGCUACGAUGGACACACCUAUCUGAACACUGUAGAAUCUUACGAUGCACAAAACAAUGAAUGGGCAGAGGAAGUCCCAGUCAACGUGGGAAGAGCUGGCGCCUGCGUUGUGGUCGUCAAGCUUCCAUGAUGAAUGUUUUUAGGUGUGAAUUAAUAGACAAGUACAGUUCCCCGAAGCAGCCCUGGCAGAAGGGAAGAGCUUGUACUCUUGAACAGAAAGCCUAUUCAUGCUGCUUUCAUUACUGAGGAAGCAACAGGGAUGCGUUCAUGGGAGACUGAAGCAUGGGAAUAAGCAUUGCUCUAAGCUCCAAAGACAGACUCUGCAGGUGUUCAACCGUUAUGGUGAUUGAAACUUCAGUUCAGAGGGCAGAGCUGGGUACAUUGUGUGCUUUUGUUUCAUUUCAUUUUUUCAGAAAAGGAGCAAAAUGUCUAACUGAAGAUGACCCCAUUUCUGUGUCAGGAACAGCCAACUGUGCUACACAACACAAACUGCAUACUUUGGCGUAUGAUUACUUGCAACGGUUCUACUACUUGGCAUGAGAAAACAGGCAGACAGCCUCUUUGGGUCCUGAAGUUUGAACCCCUCAUCACUGGAGAAAUUGUUCCUGGUUCACCUUAGCAGCACUAGAUGGCUGGAUUUUGCCACCCUUUUAUUUUUCCACAAUGCCACUGACCUUGAGACAUGAUGGGGCAUUAUGGAGAAUGAAAAGAGUUGAUAAAAUACAGAUGAUCUGGCAUGUUAUCAUCACAGCGAGAUAGGUUUACUGAUUGAUGGAGAUCCACUAGAAGCUUUUUUGACCUUGACCUUUUCAGUUCUGGUGGCAACCCUCCUCUCUGGACUCCUGAGAUCAUCAGUAAUGAAGGCUCAUGAAUUUCUUGUGACUGGAUGUAAGGCAGACCUUUCCUUGUCAUUCCGAGGAUCAUAUAAGGAGAUAAAUGGUUGCAGUUUUAGAGCCUUUUGGGGGAUAAAAGAACGGGAAAAAAUCCCACAAACACAAUGGCCAACUUUUGACAGCUUUUCCAUGUGUGUGUAUGUGUGUGUGUGUGGACUCUGCAACUGUUGAGUUAAAAUAAUUUUCUUUACCUUAAAAUAAAUAAGACAGCAGUAUAAGUACAAUGCAGGCUGGUAUUUCUGAAAUUCCUAAACUCCAGAUCUUACAUGAUUAUUAUGAUAGUGGCCUAGUGGCCUUUAUUUUCUUAAGAGCCAGAUUCUUGGAAACAUGGAACCCAGUUUAAUGAUCUAAAAACCUUCUCAAUAUCUAGAUCUGGACUCUUUUCUCUGUUUUUCUUUCCCCAAGGUCAUGGUG